AAGUCCAGUGGCCGACCGAACAAUAUCUCCGGGACGUCUGCUACCUCGCCUCGCCUCGCCUCCGCCGCCAUGGCCGCCGCCGCCGCCGCACGAUGCCUCCUGCUCCGGGCAUCGCCCCCGACGGACCCCGGAAAGGCCCCUUCCUCCGUCCACGCCUCCUCCGCCCCGCUCCCUCUCCGCGCGGCCGCCUCCCCGAGCUCAGCCCGCCGUCUCCGGCCGAUGCCGCUCCGGUGCUCCUCCCCGCCGUCGGGAGGCCCCGCCGAGCCGGGGCUCGCCGUGCUCCUCGAAGUCGAAGGAGUUCUUGCAGAUGUCUACCGCUUUGGCUACCGCCAGGCUUUCAAUGUAGGUGCGGACAAUCAUUUCAAAAUCUUGGCUUGGAUUGUGCGAAUUGGACAGAGCCAAUAUAUGCUGAUUUAGUGAGGAAAUCUAGUGGCGACGAGGAAAGGAUGCUGGUGCUGUUCUUUGACAGGAUUGGCUGGCCUACAUCUCUGCCAACUAGUGAGAAAGGGUCAUUUACAAAAAGUGUUCUUCGUGAGAAGUUGAAAGCUUUGGAAAAGCUCUCUGCUUCUGAUGACUUACCACUGCGUCCCGGAGUUGAGAAGUUCAUCGAUGAUGCCCUUAGUGAGGGUGUGCCUCUAGCCAUAUUGGCAACAUAUGGCAGAAAUGGAGAGAAGAUUUCAAGAUCAAUAGUUGAGAAGUUAGGCCCUGAGAGAACGUCAAAAAUAAACAUUGUUGGAAAAGAGGAGGUUGAAAGAAGCCUUUAUGGGCAGCUUGUUCUUGGUGAAGGAGUUGCCUCCAGUUUGGAUGAACAACUUACCAAGGAAGUACAAAAGGCUGCUUCUGCAGAGAAACAGAGGAUAGCAGAAGAGGUUGCAUCACUUCUAAAACUCAGCAUUGACAUUAACACAGCAUCUAAAAGUUCCGAGAAGAUAAUAGCCACGCUGCGAGCUGGGGCCGAAUAUGUGGGAUGCGACGUGCAAAACUGCAUCCUUGUAGCGGGCAGCCAACCCAGCGUCAUCGCAGCCGAGCGCAUUGGCAUGCCGUGCAUAGUUGUCCGGAGCAGCCUAACCGCGAGAGCAGAAUUUCACUCCGCGAAGGCCGUCAUGGAUGGAUUCGGUGACACGGACCUGACAGUAUCGAAACUACUGAGUAAGAGGUGGGCUUAAUACCAUCGCAAACUAGGCAUUGGAUGUGAGUUCCCAGCCUGUAACCGACCGACUGCGUGAUGAUUUGAAACGCCGCUUGAUGUCAACCUGAGCUAGCAAAACGAGGCUUUAUGUAAUGCUGAGCUUGCGGCAGAAAGUUACAAUAAGCACCCGUCGCUUUGUUGUGUUUUUGUUGUUAUUGUGCUGGUGAAGUAUUGAACAUUUGUACUAUUACUCGAUCGAGUUUGUUCUGUGCCUUUAUAUAUACAUCUGCCUGUGUCCUUGCCAUCUA